UUAGCGACUCGUACAUAGAAACGUAUGUGUUGUCAAACAGUCGCCAUUAAAACUAGGCUGUUGAUUAAAGCAGACCGUGCAAGGAAACCAACAUGACUUCCUUCGAUGAACCCUCAAUUUACAACUUACUCACUGUAGAAGAGACAAAACAGCAGAAGCCUAAAAAAUACACAUCUAAAUUUAGACCAAAUGUUCGGGAAGAGUAUGUUGCUGGGAGAGAUGAAAGCAAAACAAUGGGACCCGCUAAAGUCCCAGCACCUCAGCCCACAGACUAUCUGAAAAAACAUGAGAAAGAGCCACAACUUCCACAAAAGAAAGAGUUUCGUUAUCCUGAUGAGGAAAGGAAAAAACCAGCCAUCCCAAAGAAGGAUGAAGCACCACUGAUGGGUUUAAAAACCAACAAGAAUUUUAUCAACACCAAUGCAGUGGAGAACAUUACAGCUGUCCCGAAGCAGCCCACUAAGAAAUAUGUGGACACAAGACAUGGUGACACCCACAAUUUAAUACCAUCUGGAUAUGAGCCUGUCUUUGUGCACAAAAAGGACUUUGGAGAGGUUCCUGUUUACCUGGCAAAGCGUAAAGAGGAAGUUAAGCGAGCACAAGAGGAAUAUGAUCAAUACAUUGCAGAGCACUUUAAACGUGGUGCUCUACGCCAGCUGACAGAGGAUGAAAGGAAAGCUAUACUUGAUGGGCUGAAGGCUAACUGGGAGGACAUCCAGGACCAGUAUCAGAGCCUGUCUGUGGUCACUGAUACAUACCCCAAGAAGCAGAGAAAAGAACGAAUGGAAGCCCAGAUGAAACAGCUGGAGAGAGACAUUGAAUUGAUAGAAAGUCACAAAAUUAUUUACAUUGGUAAUUGAACAGAGUAAUAAUGUAUCUGUUUUUGUGAUUUUAAAGUGAUAUCUGUUGUAGAGGAACUCAAACAGGCUAUAUUUUGUCUUAUAUUGUGUGAUAAUCACACAUUUCAUAUUUGCGAAAUGGGGUAAAAAUAUGCUAAUCAUGACGGCUAUUAGCAUGAAUGUUAAGAAGAGAAUUUUUUUUUAAAAUAAACCCUUUUCUUUCAAAUAUAAGCCCCUAUAUAAGUUGUAUUUUCUUUUUGAAUGGGAAUGAAGCCAGAAUAUAUAAACAAAAAAAGAAAUUGAUUUUAUUGUUUAACACAGAGUAUUAAAAGCAAAAAAAUGGUUUAUACUUUUUAAUUAAGAUUACACACAUUUUUAUUUCUACAUUUUACAACUUUUUAAAAUUGUUUACAUACAGCAAUUAUUAUAAAAUUUAGAGUUCUCUAUUUACUUUCUAAAGUUAUGUUUACACUGAUAUGAUUUCUGUGAAUAAAUGCAUAAAUUAAAAUAUUAAAGUAAAAGUACUUU